UCAGAAUAACCUCUGUGAUCUGUGGUGCAGUUGCAGUGUGACUGAGUGUGACCUUGUCUUUAUCUAUGAGUGUGACGUGGGUUCAUGUCGGGAGCAUAGAACAUUUUCAAAUAAUUAUGUUUUUAUAGAAAAUGGUAGUGAAAUAAUUAUACUCAUCGCGGUCAAUAAUGUAAUGCAUCAAUUACAAUUUACGUUAUAGUUAUGUGUGUUAUGAGUUAGCCAUGCAGCUAACUUUGAAGGUUAAGUUGAUAAAGCCGCUCGAAAAGUAAACAGCCAAAGGCAAAGUGCAUUUUUUCAAUAUCCAACUAUGAAUUUUGUAAUGAGAGGAAGGACAAUUCCUAAAUUAGCUUUCCUAUUAUGGGUGGGCUUAUUUCUGAUUAUACUGUUUCUUACUUUAUUGAAUGUGGAAGAAGCCGAAGUUCCUGGUUGGGAGUUCAAUAUCAGCCGCAACCUGAACCAUUAUAUACAUAGGGAAGCGCUGACUGCAACGAUAAUGCCUAAAGAUUUCUGUGAUAAACCGUCGUUCUUAGUGAUAGUUUGCAUUUCCAGCCCGUCUGGUUUUGAAGCGCGAAGAGUAAUUCGAAAAACUUGGGGUCGGGAUAGAAGCGUGAUGGGACACAAUAUAUCUCUCUACUUUUUGUUAGGCCAAACGACUGAUAUAGAUAUACAGAAAAAUAUCACCGAAGAGUAUCUCCUAAACAACGAUAUAGUUCAAGAAAGUUUUUACGAUACGUACAACAAUCUCACGUUGAAAUCUGCAAUGAUGUUGAAACUUUUUACCCUGAAGUGCCAAAGCAAAGCGAAAUAUCUCUUGAAGAUAGACGACGAUAUCUAUCUAAAUUUGCCUAAGCUUAUUGAUGACUUAAUGACAAGGAAUCAGACUGAUAAUUUGCUCAUGGGUUCUGCUAUUUGCGGUUCUAGACCUAUACGGUCCUCUGGAGAUAAAUGGUACGCUGGGCCAAGUUACUUGUUUCCCUACGACAUAUAUCCGAGUUAUAUUUCGGGAACAAGCUAUUGUAUGUCUGGAGACGUGGCUGAAAAGAUAUUGAAUACAGCUUUAAACACGCCAAUAUUUCAUCUUGAAGACGUAUAUUUAACAGGNAUUUGCGCGAAGAAAAUUGGUCUCAAUAUUACCCACAAUGGUCGAUUUACGUUUCAUUACCUAAAACAGAACUUUUGCCUCUACAAGCAGCUAAUUACCGUCCACUAUCAAGAACCAGAAUUGAUUCAGCAGGUUUUUGAUUCAAUACGAGAUGCAGAUGUGGAGGAAAAGUGUCGAAAAGAAGACCAGAUAUUUUUAGUUCAUAGAUGGCUUAUUGAAAACGUCUUUAUGGCCAAUAAAACCAGGAAAAUACGAUGCUCGUAAUGCGAAAAUGUGAUUAAUAGCGAUUCCUGCUAUUUUGAGGAUCAAGCUCAAGCUGUGUGAGAUUGCGACGUUUUUUUGCAACAUUUUUUUUAUUUAUUUUUAAUGUAGGUACUUAAUAUUGCCAAUUGUGAUAUUAUUAGUCGGUUGUAUUUUCUGUUUUUAACUGUAUAUUUAACAGACAUUUUACGUAUUUGAAAAUUAAGCUGCCAAACAUCACAGUCGAACAAAAAAUCGCAUAGAAAUUUAAAAAUCAUUGAUCAAGUUGUUUGGCAUGUGCACAAUUAAAUUGCACGUAAUAAAUGCUUGGAUAUCAUUUCAAAAAAUGAUCUCGAAUUCAAACGUCAGCUUUCUGUACAAAUUUUUUUAUUAUUAAUAUCAUUUAUUUUUAUUCCACGACUAUAGAGCGUACGACUACAUAAUAAUUAAAAAGUACUUAACAGUUCCGCUUGAGAUGAAUAUCUAUUAUCUAUCUAUGACAAGUCAUAUGUUAAAAUUUAAAUACUUUAAAGUUGGAUUUAUAACUCUGCAGGUGGUGCCGUUCGUCGUUCUUUAUCGCAGUUGCCGACGUUCGAAUUUGAUUGGUCAGAUUGACAGAUUGUAUGCCCAUAUGAUUACAUAUAUGUUGGUUAUGUUGCGUGUUGUAUUUACCCAAUAAUACACACAUUAAUUAUUGUUUUUCUCAUUUUAAUAUCAAAAUGUGGAGACGCAAGCUACUUGCUUUUACGUUCUUUUUGACUUUCUUUUUCUAUUCUAUUUUACCAUCAUACCAGAUGUAUACAGCGCGGCCGGUAUUUCAGCCCAGGCAUCCUGUUUCUUACUACUCAUCAUUCAAAUACUCAUAAUUCUAAAUUGGGGUAAGGCUUUAGUACUUUAGCUUAAAGUACUUUAUUCAGGUUCUCAUGUUUCUCAGCUCGAUCUUCUUCUUCGUCUUCUAGCCGUUCUUCGUCCAGAAUUGGACAUAGGCCUCUCUUAGUUCUUUCCAUUUUGUUCUAUUCUGGGCAAUUCUCAUCCAUACAUUCUGGCAAUUCUCAUCCUGCCUCCUUUUUUUAUGUCCGUCGUAUGUAUGUGUUUUUAUAUUACGUACCAACGUGUGAUAGCUCAUCCUCUCGCUCUUUUGCCGGUCCAUGACCUCCAUCGCAACACUCUUCUAUCCCACCUGUAAUCCUUUAUUCGGGUUGUUCCGAGUAGUCGUUUUGUUGUUGUCUCUUAUGAUAUUGGGAUCCACCGGGCACAUAGUUUUGGUUUUAUUCAUAUUGAUUUUGAGGCCUAUUUCCCUUGAUUUUUGGUUCCGAUAUGUUAUCAUUUUUUC